CUGCUCCAAACAUGUCCCUCCCCGAUAUUGUGACGAACCCCGACGCCGUCCUCGGCGACAAAGUUGCUUGGCGCUUCAAGCGCGCGCCGGACUAUUCUAAGACGCGCAAGUGGUACGAGGAGACCAAGACGCAGAACCACGAGCCGGGGUCUCUGCCCAACCUCGUUGAGAACCUCGUCAAGAACUGGGAGAUCGAGGCAUCCUUCAAGACAGAUUUCAACGAGUGGCGCACCGUUGUCCAGGACAAGUACAAGUUCUACUUUAAUGGGGGCGACCCCAAGACGGGACCCGAGAUGCUGCGGGUGGGCACGUAUAACGCGCUUCUGACAAGGAGCGAGUUCUACGACCCGGAGAGAAACGAUUUCACUGCCAGCCACAAAAGCUUCAAGCGCAUGAUGCCUGUCUUUGCAUGGGAGGUCCUUGAGGUGUACUCUGGACCUCCCGUCGUGGCCAUGAAGUGGCGUCACUGGGGAGAAAUGAAGAAUGACUAUGUCGGCUUCAAUGCUGAGGGCAAGAAAGUUCGCGUCAAGGCGCACGGUGGUCUGCUUGACAUCGAGGGCAUCCUCGUCGCGACCGUCAACGACAAGCUGCAGGCUGAGAAGCUGGAGGUGUGGAUGGACCCUAUGGCCAUGUGGAACCAGGUGACCAAGGAGGGGCAGAAGGUCGUUAUCGAGGAUGUGGCGGAGCAUUCGGGCGGUGAGGAGCACGACGAGGCCCGCUGCCCGAUUACCGGCCAGACUGGCGUUGCCCCUCACUAG